AUGAGAGAUCAAGGUCAUGAUCGAAGUUUAAAUAAUAAGGUCAUGGACAUUUGUCAUAUAGAAGUUGGAAGGAAAGAUUGUGAAGGUUUGAAACGAAGGGGAAAGGUUAAGAUGGGACGAAUAGGUGAUGGUAAAAAUAAUGAAAAUAAUAGGACAUUAGGAAAGAUUGUGAAGGUAAACAAAAGAUUUACAAAAGCAUCAAUUAGGCUCAGUUCAUCUUUGAAUUUAAGGAGCGUGAGAUAUGCGAGAAGCAUAGGGAUUACCUGGAAACAUUUGAAUGAAGAUGAUAAAGUUGUUGGAUGUGUUUCCAGUGUUGAAAUUGAUGUAGAUAGUGUUGAAAUCGUGAAAACAAGAUGUGGUUUUGAGUGGAGAGAUGGAAAAUGUUGUUGUUUGGUUCGAUCUGAUAAUGAUGAAACCAUGUUUGUGAUCUCACAAGAAUCCAAAAUUGAUGAAACCAUCGAUGACGAGUAUUAUGUGAUGAAAGAGAAUAAUGGUAGAAGAAAAAGUAAUAUCGCAGAUGUUAGAUGUAUAUUAAUUGCAAUGAGGAAUGAUAAUGUCAAUGUAAGGUGCAUUAAAAGUAGAUUGAUGAAAUAUGACGGUAUCGAUAAUAAAGGGAAGAAGAAUAGGAACGUUAAUGUGUCAGACAAAAGAAAGUCAAAUCAGAAUAAUGUGAUCAAGGAGUACCAAAACAACAAUGAUGAAAAGGUCAUCAAAUUUGGAGGAUCUAGCUCAGAUUGUAGAGUUAGAACUGAUAGUGGAGUUGUGAAUGAUGAAAACAGGUCUUUAAAUAACAACUGCCAUAAUUCUCUUAUAAAGCAAUGGAUGAGGCAUAUGAGGUUUAUGAAUAAUUGGAUUAGGGAUACUGCAUGGUUACGAAAGUCAGAACACUGA